AUGAUCCAGGACAAAGAAGGCAUACCCUCUGAUCAACAAUAUCUUAUUUUUAAUAAUAAAUUGUAUGAUGAUCAAUCCCUGUCAUAUUACAAAAUCGAUGAAGGGUCUACAUUGCACUUAGAAUAUGGAGCAAUAAUGAUUUAUGUAAAAUUAAUGGGCGAAAAAAUCCUAAAAUUGGAAGUGAAUAGAAAUUGCACCAUCGAACAGAUUAUGCGUAUGAUCCGAGAUAAAGAAAGCAUUCCCCCUAAUCAAUUAAUUUAUUUUACUAUUGAUAAUGGAAUUAUACAUUGUUAUAACGCUUUAGCCUCCUGGAGCACCUUUAAAACUUUAGAAUGUUAUGGGAUUAAAAAUGAGUCCACGAUUAGUCUAAUGCAAUAUAAACCAUGUCGUCAAAUAAUCGUAAAAACGCUAACUGGAAAAGAUGAUCCAGGACAAGGAAGGAAUCCCUCCUGA